UAGCUGAUGGCCGUCAUUAAAAUUGGUGGGAAAAGUCUCGUAGGAUUUGUCAAAUGUGAUCCCGUCUCGUCUCGUCGCGUUGUUUCAUCUUCGCUCUAAACGGCAAUGAUACGCAAAAAGACGAUGACUACUGUCGCUUUCAAGAAAGAGAAGCUGCUGCUUCGCUGCGAGUGGGACCAGUGCGACUAUUCGUGCGACGACAGCCCGCUAUUAUACCAGCACGUAAGGAAACACCUGGACAAUGACCUUACCUUCGUGGAGACAAACGUGUGUCCUUGGAAAGACUGCGCAGAGACGCUGAGUAGCACGUUCGAGUUACGCACGCAUGUGUUCUAUCAUGCUUUCCAUUCCAAAAUCAAGUGUUACGGCCAGAAUCUUUUGGACAGACAAAAUGCACCAACUAUGCGCUGCCUCAUGGACAAGAGCUCUCGUAACAUGAUCCCCGACACACCCGACAAAUACCGGUGCCAAUGGGCAGGUUGCGAUGACUCUUUCGAAAAUCCGGAAGCCUUCUACGCGCACGUCGACUGCCACGCAGAAGAAUCGUGCGACGGGCCGCGGUCGUCGACCAAGGCGCCCUGCGGUUGGAGUUCCUGCGAUGCGACCUUCGCUACGGUGCACAAAUUGAAGGAACACGUUCGCACGCACACGCAGGAGAAGAGGUUGGCGUGCCCAAACUGUGGUGGCGUGUUCUGGUCUCGCACCAAACUGCUGGACCACUUCGCGCGCCAGGACGAGCGCUCUAGCCACAACUGUAUCUACUGCAGCCGCAGCUUCAGUUCGGAGCGUCUACUGCGCGACCACAUGCGGCAUCACGUGAACCAGUACAAGUGUCCGCUCUGCGACAUGACGUGCCCGACGCCUUCGGCUGUCAAGAACCACAUGCAGUGGCGUCACACAUCGCUGCGGCCGUACGCUUGUGACCAGUGCGACUACGCCGCCAAGCAACAGUGCGACCUGAGAAAGCACGUACAAAUAAUGCAUUCCAAAAAGGGCUACGCGUGUCCCUACGCUGGUUGCGAUUUCGUAGAGCGUAGCAGCCACUUUCUACGUAACCACGUGCGUGAUGAACACCUCAAGUGUCCCAAAGGCAUCUACAUGUGUCACAUCUGCCAGAAGCAGUACAGCAAAGGAAACUCGCUGUCGCGGCAUCUAGUCUCUCAGCACCGCUUCAAGUGGCCAUCCGGCCACAUGCGCUUCAAUUAUUGCUGCAACAAGGACAACAUUCUCACAGUGCAGACUGUUCGUUACGAGAGCCUCGACCUCGCUGAAGCCAGUGCUGAGAUUCCGGAAGAAAUGAGCGCAGACACGGCGAGCGCUCUGACCGAAACCCAAGUUGUUGCUGCCACGGGGACCGAUGAAGUGUGUGAGCAACCGGUGAAGUUGGUGCAGAUUGUCCAGACAAAUGAAGACGGCUCAACCGUUGUUCAGGUGGCGGAGGUAUUGGCCGAGCGGCCCUUUGAACUUGCACAGGGCAUACAAGCGCAAACCCAGAGUGAAUUCAGUGAGGACAAUUCCAUAGGCUCAGAUGUGCCCAUGCAGUCGAAAGCACUGUUAGUUGGUAGUGAAGAUUAGCAUUUCCAAGAGGUACA